AGCGGUAUAGCCAAUAGUUUGUCUGCUGUUUCACUCUUCUUCGCCGCCGCAGGCGACACUCUUCAAUCUUCACGCUUUCUACGACCGAUCUCUCUCCUGAAUCUGAACUUUCUUUUUGGUGACCCUGAAAAUCUGUACUUUUGUUUCUUGAUUUCCCUUCAUUUUCCUGUUCUGUUUUCUGAACAUGGAGGACAAAAGAAUGGCAGCCGUCUACGACGCGGUGUGGGAUCGAGUGAUACCUUACAUUCACGACUCGAGAGACCGCGGGUCGGUGUCCCUUGUGUGCAAGAGGUGGUACGAGAUCGACGCCAUAACGCGCAAGCACGUAACCAUGGCUUUCUGCUACACCGCCACGCCGAGUCGUCUAUCCGGCCGUUUCCCCCACUUGGAGUCGCUCAAGCUCAAAGGAAAGCCACGCGCCGCCAUGUUCAACCUUAUACCGGAAGACUGGGGCGGUCACGCCGCUCCAUGGGUAGAAGAAAUAGCCAAGUCCUUUAAACAAUUGAAGGCUCUCCACUUGCGCAGAAUGAUUGUCACUGAUUCCGAUCUAGAUAGUCUGGCUCGCUCGCGCGGUUUGCUUCUUCAAUCUCUCAAGCUCGACAAGUGCUCUGGGUUCUCCACAGAUGGUCUCCUGAAGAUUUGCCAAUCCUGCAGGAACUUAAGCACAUUUGUUCUAGAAGAAAGCACAAUAGCUGAGAAAGAUGGGGAAUGGCUUCAUGAGCUUGCGGUGAACAACAAAGUUCUUGAAAAUCUCAACUUUUACAUGACAGAGCUUUUGAGUGUCAAACCCGAAGACAUUGAAUUGAUAGCCAGAAAUUGUCCACACCUUGUGUCAAUGAAAAUAUGUGAAUCUGACAUGUCUUCCCUUUUUGGCUUCUUUCGGGCAGCAACUGCAUUAGAAGAAUUUGCAGGCGGUUCUUUCAGCGUACCUGACCCCAUUGGUGAAAACAUGCAGUAUGCUGAUAUCGUGUUUCCUCCCAGGCUGUGUUCUCUCGGACUGACAUAUUUGGGAAUAAAUGAAAUGCCAAUUCUCUUCCCUAUCUGUUCCCGUCUUAGAAAGUUGGAUCUUCUAUAUGCACUACUUGACACUCAAGGUCACUGCACCUUACUGGAAAAGUGUGUGAAUUUGGAAAUUUUAGAGGCAAGAAAUGUAAUAGGAGACCGAGGAUUAGAAGUUCUUUCCCGCUUUUGCAAGAAGUUGAAGAGGCUGAGGAUUGAGAGAGGAGCUGACGAACAAGGAAUGGAGGAUGAAGAGGGGUCUGUCACACAGAGAGGACUCAUUGCCUUAUCGCAAGGAUGUCAUGAACUCCAAUAUUUCGCGGUUUAUGUAUCUGACAUCACAAACCAAGCCCUUGAUUACAUUGGCAACCACAUGAAACAACUCUCUGAUUUCCGUUUGGUUCUUCUUGAUCGCGAAGAAAGGAUAACGGACCUCCCUCUAGAUAAUGGGGUGCGCUCUUUGUUAAGGGGUUGCCGUUUGCUUAUAAGGUUCGCCUUGUAUCUCCGGUCAGGUGGGCUAACUGAUGAAGGAUUGAAAUAUGUGGGCCAGUAUAGCCCGAAUGUGAGGUGGAUGCUUCUUGGGUAUGUUGGGGAAUCAGAUGAUGGACUUCUACAGUUCUCAAAUGGGUGCCCGAGCCUGCAGAAGCUUGAAGUGAGGGGCUGUUUCUUUAGCGAACAGGCACUUGCUAUGGCUUCAUUGAGGAUGAGAUCUCUGCGGUAUUUGUGGGUGCAAGGGUUCAGGCAGUCUUCAAUCGGGCAGGAUCUGUUGCUCAUGGCCCGCCCUUUUUGGAACAUUGAGGUCAUUCCUCCAAGACGGGUCAUCUCAGUGGGUGAGGAUGGUGAGACCGUGUCCGCUGACCAUCCUGCCCAUAUACUCGCGUAUUACUCACUUGCUGGACGGAGGACGGAUUCUCCAGAAACGGUCAUCUGUUUGGAGACAAACAACAUGGAGCUUGCUGGUUAGGGAUUUGUACUUUCCUUUUUACACCUUUUGUUGUUUCCAAAUUUCUUCCGCUGUAAUAAACUCCUCUGUUUUCUAUGGAUUUAGUUUUUUUUUGUUAUAUGCCGCAAACAAAUACUCUACCAUAUCAUUGAGUGAAACCUUUCUUGUACAAUAUGGAGUAAUUCUUUUUAGUUGGCAUUUUUCUUCUUUUUUGUGUUGCUGCUUUUAGGUGUAUUUUGGUAAGAUGUAAU